AUGGCCUCGGCCAUCUUCUUUCUGGACCUGAAGGGCAAGACCCUUCUGGCCCGAAACUAUCGCGGAGACAUCCCUAUGUCCGCCGUCGAGAAAUUCCCCAUCCUCCUGAGCGAUGCCGAAGAAGAAAGCUCCGCCGUGCCCCCCUGCUUCUCCCAUGAAGGCAUUAACUACCUCUACAUCCGUCACAGUAACCUUUACAUCCUUGCGUUGACCAAGAAAAAUACCAAUGCGACUGAAAUCCUCCUCUUCCUUCACAAGAUCGUGGAGGUGUUCACGGAAUACUUCAAGGUGCUAGAAGAAGAGAGUAUUCGAGACAACUUCGUCAUUAUCUAUGAAUUACUGGACGAGAUGAUGGACUUCGGCUACCCACAAACGACAGAGAGCAAGAUAUUGCAGGAGUACGUGGCCAGUAACUGGUACAUCACGCAAGAGUCACAUAAGCUGGAGGUUCAAGCCCGGCCUCCCAUCGCAGUCACCAAUGCAGUCUCGUGGCGCAGUGAGGGUAUCCGAUACCGCAAGAACGAAGUCUUCCUUGACGUUGUCGAAUCGCUGAAUCUUCUCGUAUCUGCCUCCGGAAACGUCCUGAGAUCCGAGAUCCUGGGCGCCAUAAAGAUGAAAUGUUAUCUGAGCGGAAUGCCAGAACUUCGGCUGGGGUUAAACGACAAAGUGAUGUUUGAGACAACCGGCCGCGCCACGAGAGGCAAGGCGGUUGAGAUGGAGGACGUCAAAUUCCACCAAUGUGUUCGACUUUCUCGAUUCGAGAAUGACCGAACGAUCAGUUUCAUACCGCCAGAUGGUGAAUUCGAACUCAUGAGCUAUCGUCUGAACACGCAGGUGAAACCUCUAAUCUGGGUCGAGUGUCUGGUAGAGUCGCACUCGGGUUCCCGUGUGGAAUACAUGUUGAAGGCCAAAGCACAAUUCAAGAGGCGCAGCACCGCCAACAACGUCGAAAUCGUGGUACCUGUCCCCGAAGAUGCCGAUUCGCCGCGCUUCCGUACCAACAUCGGCACAGUCCACUAUGCGCCCGAACAGUCGGCCAUCGUCUGGAAGAUCAAGCAGUUCGGCGGAGGUAAGGAGUUUCUGAUGCGUGCCGAGCUGGGUCUCCCCUCGGUCAAGGGCGACGACGAACACGGCGGAGGCAUGACUGGAGGAUUUGGAGGAAGCAUGGGAGGUGCCGGUCCCGGCAAAGCGAAACGACCUAUCAACGUCAAAUUCGAGAUCCCUUAUUUCACGACAAGUGGUAUCCAAGUACGGUACUUGAAGAUCACUGAACCCAAGUUGCAAUACCCCUCCCUCCCAUGGGUCCGAUAUAUCACCCAAUCGGGCGACAUUGCCGUUCGUAUGCCUGAUGUACAAUGA